CUCAGUACCUCUACCAUCCCAUAGUACUCAUUGUAUCGCCUUAACAUGUCUGACUUCGCAAUGCACGUGCAUUCCGACCCGGUUUCUGGGAUGGUCGUUUCACAGGCGGCUAUGAUAAACAAUCAAGCCCUUAGCCUCUCUAGACAAGGCGAUUAUGCCGGUUCAGAGGAUCUCCACCUGCAAGCACUUGAUCUUAAACUCAGUGCAGUUGGUGAGAAUGACCCGAUGACUGCCAUAAGCCGCAAUGCACUCGGAGAACUCUACCUCAAGAUGGGCAGAAUCACGGAUGCUGAAGAGCAGCUCAGGAAGGCUAUUUCUGUCCGCAUGAAGAUAGGGCCUGCAUAUGAUGCAGCAGUCUCUCUCGAGAAUCUUGGUCAGGUGCACGAAGCAAAGGGUGACCUUGAGGAAGCGAGGAGGGUAAGACUAUCCCAUCCUGCAGACAUUAUGGUCUGCGGAAACUAUGACUGUCCUGGUCAGACGUUUGAUCGGAGCCAACUUUUAGCUUGUUCUGGAUGCAAGUCCGCCUUCUACUGUGGAAGAGCCUGUCAGGCGAAGGAUUGGCGCGCUCGCCACAAGACAUUCUGCAAAAAAUGUUCAUGAUCACCGAUCAUCGAUCAUCCUCGCAACUUGAUGUUUUGCGUCUCGUGGUACUUUGAGGAGACUUGCCACUGCAGCUCUCCUCCCGUUUGAAUGAGGUAAAUAUGUUUUUGCACUUUUGUCCAAUGGCACGGCAGGGAUAUGAAGUACAGUGGUCCGGCUGUCCAUGCUCAGCCCUGAGUCACUUCGAUCAAACUUGUAAUAUGUAUGCAAUGAUUAUACAAGAAAUCCUGUUUCGCUAUUCCCU